CCGUGUUGACGUAGGUCAGAUAGGACCUGCUCUUACGGUCGUGGUCGCCAUGGAAAACGGAAGUGCCUUUCUGACGGUCAUAAAUAGUACGCUGAUUUCUGUGCCCGGUGGUUUCGGAUGGCUGCAUCAUUUAUCGCUUGCGCUGGUUGCAGUGUUUUUGCUUCCGUGGGUUUACAUGUUAUUGAUUUUAUCGUCCAUCCCGUAUUUGCAUGUGUGCAAUCUCGUCCGAGGUUGGUUAGGCAAACAUCAGAGUGAUGAGGAAUUUUGGAAUGGAGCGAAGCGGCUCAUGGCAGCCAUCUGGAAUUUUCACAGCAAAUUAUUUCAUGGCUAUGAAGUAUCCGGUUUGGAGAACUUGCCAGAGAACGGUCCGGCCUUGAUCAUUUACUACCAUGGUGCGUUGCCCAUCGACAUGUACUAUCUUACCGCCGAAACGAUGCUGAAACGGAACCGUCUUAUUCACACGAUUGGGGAUCGAUUCUUGGAUAGAAUUCCCGGCUGGCGGCUGGUGUCACGUGUGAUGAACGUUACCUCCGGUUCGGUGCAGUCAUGUGUUGAGACGUUGCGCGCCGGCGAAUUGUUAUCGAUUGCCCCCGGGGGUGUCUACGAGGCGCAGUUCGGCGAUAACACGUACGAAGUUCUUUGGAAAAAGCGAACCGGCUUCGCCAGGGUAGCUCUGGAGGCGCAAGUGCCCAUCGUCCCUAUGCUCACGGUUAACAUUAGGGAGUGUUUUCGAACUGUAGCAGUUGGCAAAUCGGUGUGUGCCCGAAUCUAUAAAAUAUUAAAAGUGCCCGUCCUACCUAUCUAUGGAGGAUUUCCGGUAAAACUACACACCAUAUUGGGCAAACCGAUACCUUACGAUGCAUCUCUAAACCCCGAGGAACUUCAGGAAAAAGUUGUAGCUGCGAUUGCGGAGCUUGUCAAGGAACAUCAACGGGUGCCAGGCGAUAUACUGCAAGCUAUUGGGGAUCGUUUUGAUUCGAAACACUUUCUAAAGCAGAAGGACAAAAUUUAAAUACUCACUUUUGGUACUAAAUGUUUGUUUGUUAAGAAAUUACUUAAGCUGAAGCAUUUUAUAUUUGUAUCGAAUUAAGUCAAUAAAGCAAAUUAUGA